AUGGAGGCCAUCUGGCUUUAUCAGUUCCGGCUCAUCGUCAUCGGGGACUCCACGGUGGGCAAGUCGUGUCUGAUCCGGCGGUUCACGGAGGGUCGCUUCGCCCAGGUGUCCGACCCCACUGUCGGCGUGGACUUCUUCUCGCGCCUGGUGGAGAUCGAGCCCGGGAAGAGGAUCAAGCUGCAGAUCUGGGACACGGCGGGCCAGGAGCGCUUCAGGUCUAUUACCAGAGCGUACUACCGUAACUCUGUGGGCGGCCUCCUCCUCUUUGACAUCACCAACCGUCGCUCCUUUCAGAACGUCCACGACUGGCUGGAGGAGGCUCGCAGCCACGUCCAGCCACACAGCAUCGUUUUUCUGUUGGUGGGCCACAAGUGUGACCUGGAGGCGCAGCGCCAGGUAACUCGGCAAGAAGCAGAGAAGCUGGCAGGGGCCUAUGGAAUGCGCUACAUUGAGACAUCCGCCCGCGACGCCAUCAACGUGGAGCACGCCUUCACCGAGCUGACCAGAGAGAUCUUCGCCUUGGUACGGUCCGGCGACAUCACAAUCCAGGAGGGCUGGGAGGGAGUGAAGAGUGGCUUUGUGCCCAAUGUAGUCCAUUCAUCUGAAGAGGUGACCAAGAGCGACCGCCGCUGUCUCUGCUGAUCUGGGAACAGGUUGAAAGAUGGUUUUAAGAGGAGGGAAACAUUCAGAGGGGAGAGACUGCUGGACUGAGGCACUGGCCUCUGUGACUGAAAUAAUGGAUAACCCCUCUGUUGUUCCUUUAGACUGGAUGCAGAUUUGGAUGUUUGAGGAAUUUCAAUGGAAACAUUGGUAUAAGGUGAAGAAACACUCUAAACUUGGGUGGAUGAGUCAGAGGGUUGUAUCCAUUUCUGUGUAUGUUUUAUUCCUCAGAAAGGAAGGAUCGCAGGUUUUUAUUUAGGGGCUCCCGAAGCCGAAUUGGUUUUUGUUUUGGGCUGCUUUCCUAGAAAGACUCUCAA